AUGUCCUUGGUCGCAAUAGGUGCAUGCUAUGUGGAUACAAUCCUAACAACACCCCACUAUCCGGGAGAAGAUGAUAAGCUACGAGCUUCCAGCAUCUCUCGUCGGAGGGGAGGUAACUGUCCAAACUCUCUGGAAGUCUUGAAGCAGUUAACAACGAACGACCCUUCAACCACUGAUGUCUCCCUGAACCUGAUUGCUGUCCUACCUGCGAAGACGUCUACAGCUGCCCAAGAGAUUCAGUCAGCAUUCAAGCCCCACGUUGACCUGUCUCAUUGUAUCUUUCGAGAGGCCUUCAAUGAGCCUGCCUCAAGUUACAUCAUCAAGAGUGAAUUGUCUGGCAGUCGUACCAUUGUCAACUACAAUGAACUGCCUGAGAUGACCGUGGAUGAGUUUACCCAGAUUGCAGGCAAUCUCACCAACCCAACUUGGUUCCAUUUCGAGGGUCGGAUACCUGACGUGACUUUAUCAUGUAUCCGAUAUCUCCGUCAGCGGUACCCAUCUGCGACUAUCAGCGUCGAGGUUGAGAAACCUGGGCGCGAGGGUUUGCAGAAACUAGCAGAGGAAGCUGACGUAGUUUUCUACUCGAAGAGUUGGGCUCAAGGAAACGGAUAUCAUACUGCUGAAGAAUGUGUUCGGAAAGAAUCGACACUGACACGAAAAGCGUCCUUGCUGUGCUGCACUUGGGGUCAAGACGGUGCUGUGGCUUUUGAGCCCAAGACACAGACUUCAGUUCAUAGUCCUGCAUAUUCUGCAGCAAACUUUCAAGUCAUCGACCCGAUUGGCGCAGGUGACACUUUUAUAGCCGGUAUGCUAUACGCACUAAUCUAUCGAGGAAGUGAAUGGAGCCUGUCAGAGAAAUUAGGCUUUGCCAAUCGACUCGCGGGUAUGAAGGUCUCCCAGGAGGGGUUUUCAGGGCUUGCAAGAGCUUUGGAAUCUUUUCCUUAG